UCUCAGGACAAGCUGUCUGAAACACCUUUCCUUAGUUCUCCUCUAGAAGCAUAUUGUUCAGCCCCUGAAAAUAACCAGCAUCUCAAUGCUUAAAGAGGACUUGUCUGGACAUACUCAAUGAAAAGACAGAUAAUGGGGACCUCAGAGGCCUCCGGCUGCUCCUUGAUGUCCUGUCUGCUUGUCAUGUAUGCAGUGGUUGCUGCUGUGGGAGAAUUCCAUUUCAGCGGAGAGUUCAUAAUUGAGGGUAAUUCGACUCUCAGAGUAAACCUAGAACAGUUGAAAAACCUAAAUCUGAUUGACAGUGCUAAUAAUAAGAUUGGAACCAUUGAAGAGGCUGAGCAAGCAGCAGAAUGCCAGAUUAUUGGAGAUGAGACAACAUGCUGGUGCGAGUCUGAGUAUAUCUGGGCUAAGGCUGUGUUUGAGGAUCACGAGAGCUGUCGCAAUAAACUGAAGUGUGUGGCAAACGUUUCUCACUACACACCUUUGUGCAAUCCCAAAGUUUCAAUUCAACUUGAGGGAACAAUGACAAAACAUUCCGAUACCUCUAAAAUAUGGAAUGCAGACCUAAAUACUUCACUGGCAAACGUGUUUAAUAAGAUGAACGGAUUUGAGAGCCUCAUAACCACAGUAGAUACAAGCGGGUUGAAAGCUGAUUUUGCAGUGAAUCUCACUGCAUUAUUCAACACUUCCACACUCAAUGAGUUGAUUGAAAGCCUCAGCCUCUAUCCGGUAUACGCCUCCACAAAAGUUGAAACAACAGGAUUGGUUGAGAUGUCUUCACCUAGCGGCAAAAUACCCUACGAAAAGGAAGAGGUUGAACUGACCUGCAACUUGAACAUAGAUGACCCCAUGAGUUCUUGCAGUUGGUUUAUCUUGAAAACCAGCAUCAAUGAAACAUCAGCCAUUGGGAAUGGGACCCAAGUUGAAGUUGGGUCUUGGUGUUCGAAUGUCACAAGACUUUUACUGCGAAAACCAAAAGGGCUCUGGAGAGGUGUAUAUACAUGCAAGUUUACUGAGGGUUCAGUUUCACACAAGGCCACCGGAGAGGAGUUAGAGAUUGACCUGCUUCCAGACAAGAUCACUAUGACAAGUGAUCUCUCGACAGCAGACUGCACAGCAGGCAGUUCAACCCCGGUUGCUGUGAAGGUCAAAUGUGCAAUUCCCCGUCCUACCACUCCUGUGAAUUACACUGUCACCUUUAAUACAACAGACGGCAAUAAAGAGCUGAUGGAUAAAGUGGAUCCCGCUGAAAAAACAGACGAAAUUUGGUAUAUUAAGCCAACAACAAUAUCUUGUGCAGAUAAAAAAAAACAGUCUCAAACCAUGACAUGUUUAUUCGAAAACAGCAGUAAACAGAAUAAAAAACAAGACUUAAACAUCCCAAUUCUCCAAGCGGUAGACCGAUUCUGUGAACCAGACUUGCCUUGGCAAAAAACCAAGGCUGGUGAAAAAGCCAUUAUGGAAUGCCCAGUUGGAAGGGUAGGCUACAGGAUCCGCCCCUGUAAUGUAGCUGGUGAAUGGCAGUCUGUACUGGACUACUGUGUGAAUGAGGUGAUAAACAAGUUGAGUUCUGCUGUAGAGAACUUCCAAACUGGACUGGAUGCCACUCCUGAGAUUGCCAUGGGAAUAUUUUCUGGUUUGAAGAACAACAGUGCUUCUGGUACCAAUAUGAGUCUUGGGGAUAUCACGGCCACCAUAAACAUCCUGGAUGGGAUGAAAAAUGCAUCUUCUGCAGUCACACUACAUGAUGAUUCAAUGAUGAAUGACUUUAUAGAUUCUGCUAGCAAUAUUCUGUCCACAGAAUGGACUGAUGACAACACCAUCACACAGGACCUUUCUACAAACUACCUGCAAGCUGUUGAGGGCCUGGUGACAAAUAUGAAAGUAAACCAAAGUGAUGGGCACAAUUCCUCAAACGUACAGUUCCAAGUUUGUCGAAAUAAUGAUGGCUGUAACAGAACAAUCUUUGGUGUGGAAAUGGCAUUGACAACUACAGCACAGGCGAAAGUGGUGGCGCUAAAGAACCUGUCCAAUAAACUCCCAAAUCGUUUCAGCAAGACAGAGAGUGCUAGCAUUGUGGUCUCAGCCACUCUUGAAAACACCUCUGAUCACAUGACAAACAUCACCCUAAUAUUUCCUUUCAACAAGACCACAGCCCAUCCAGGCUACAAAAUUAAAUGUGUUUUCUGGCACACCAAUCAGAGUGAGUGGUCAGACAAGGGUUGUGUGUGGACAGAGGCCGAGGAAAACAUUGUCUGUGAGUGCAGCCACUUGACCUCGUUCUCAUCUCUCAUAUCCAAAGAGGAAGUUGACCAUCCCUUUCUGGAUAUGAUCACUUACAUUGGACUUGGGAUUUCCAUCUGUUCGCUCCUUGUCUUUCUGUUCAUUGAAUGGCUAGUUUGGAGUGCCAUCGUCAAGUCCAACCUCUCCCUUUACCGUCACACAUCCUUGGCCAACAUUGCCGUGUCUCUGCUACUUGCCAACUGCUGUUUCCUAGCCUCAGCAUUUCCAGAAAAACUUGGAAAGCUAACAUGCUUUGUCUUGGUGUUAGCAAAGCACUUCUUCUUCAUGGCCAUGUUCUUUUGGAUGCUCUGCUUGAGCUUAAUGCUUCUCCAUCAACUCAUCUUCGUUUUCAGUCCACUCAGGAAAAGAGUCUUUAUGAUCUUGUCCUUCACCGUCGGCUAUGGCAGCCCCACAGUGGUGGUCGGUGUCUCAUAUGUGUACUACGACGUGCUAGGGAAGGAGCCGGGGAACAGUUACCAUAACCCAGAGACUUGCUGGCUGAGGUACGAGGGGCUAAUGAAAGGCUCACUUCAUGCUUUCCUGUUCCCGGUGGGAGUAAUCACUCUGAUGAACCUGAUCUCCAUGGUGGUGGUGAUCAUUACCCUCAUGAGGCCAAAGGUUUCGGAGGGCAAGACAGACGACAAGGAGACUCUGAGAAGUAUCAUCAAAGCAAUCGUUUUUCUGACCCCUGUCUUUGGUGGAACAUGGCUUCUUGCAGUUGUUUCAUUCACAAUAAAUGAGAAAACCACUCUUAAAGUAAUGCUUGACUAUGCUUUCACCAUUGUCAACUCUCUUCAGGGCUUCUUAAUUUUAGUAACAGGAUGUCUUGGUGAAAAAAGGGUUCGAGAGGAGGUUCUGAGAUACAUUCUGGGCUCGAGAUCAACAAAAAGUGAGAGCAGGCAAAACCUGACAACGUCCAUUAAGAAGUAAUACCUAAAGUCUCUUCCCCACAGCUUGUGGAACGCUAGCAUUAGAUGACCGGGUAUGAAGACCUACUGCAGGACUAGCGUGAGCAGCAUUUUCAGCACAGCUAAAUGGAAAGAAGCCAUUCAGCUGCAGGGUUCACAGGGUCACGCAAGGACAUCAUGGAAAUACUAAAGAUGCCUCAUUUGACAGAAUAUUCAUUACAAAACUUUUACUAUGGAAAGUAUAAUCUCCCUUUCAGCCUCCGGGAUCAAUUCUGCAUUAGCUGAGUGUUUCUUGGUGUCCAUGCUAGCCUAACCUUUGAUUUUCUGUCAUGUAAUGUAGGUUAGAUUGUACAAAAAAAAAUCUAAAUCUUGUAAUAAAUCUGCUAAUGUUUGAGCUUGCAUUUGUCUUUGAAUAGAAUAGUAGCUUUGUUUAUUUGUUGUGAACAUUCUUCAGCGACAAUAUUUUAAUUAAGAGAGUAGGCCUACCUCCUCUUCUAGCACUUACCACAUGACCAUCCCCCUUCUAGAACUGUCACUUAACUCUGUAUGAGUAGUACUUAUUGUUGCACUAACAUGUACUUGUGCCACUGUUAGAAAUCAAGGGUCUUUGACUGCACCUUCUGAACACCUUUACUGUUUCCCUUUUUUGUAAGUUGCUUUGGAUAUAAGCUAAAUGACUAAAUGUAAUGAACUAUCAUAUUAUAUGCCAUCAGAAGCCUAUGUUUUAUGUUCAC